CUUAUUCUCGCGCUACCACCCCCGGUUUCCCGUCCAUUGUCUGUCCGGACCCUGCGGAUCUCGGUCUCAUUUCCCUGAAUCUUCGACCCGCCGUCUAACUCACCUCCAACUCACACCUUCAUCCAUCGCCAAUCCGCUCACCAUGGCUCCCAACCCCACCGGAUUUGACAUCAACGAAUUCAAGGCCGCCGCCCACCCCCGGUCGGCCUGGGCCAAGAAGGACCCCUGGGCUCGCUACGAGGCCUGGAGAUACACCGGUCCCUUCAGCCGCAUCAACCGUUUCAAGCGCAUCUUCCCUGGCUUCGGCAUUGCCAGCGUUGCUUUCGCCGGUUACUGCGCCUACGAGCACUUCUUCCUGAAGGAUGACCACCACCACCACGGCGAGGGCCACCACUAAAUCACGAUCAAGGGGAGCAUAAGUGCGGAGUUGGAAGAAAGAAGCCGACAUGCGAUGGAAAAAAGAUGAAGGAUACCCCGGUGUGCCGAGAUCAAUGGCAUCCGUACGUGAUUAGAGGGUCACAAUGUGUGGUGUAUAAGCGGGAGAAGGGAUUGUCGAUUCAAUUGGGAUAGAUAUUCUUGUCUCAGUAUCAUGAAUGACCCUUAGCUCUCUACAGACGGCGCUUGGGUUGUUUCAUUUGUCGGGUGUACAUAGUAACUGUUAUUUAUCACAU